CUGGUUACGAUACUAUGUAGAGUAAUACGUAAUAUGGCAUUGAUUCAGACACAACUUGUUCACAAGCCUGAAAUCUGGACGUAUUGGCGUGUAUUUGAUGUGAUAGUCUUUUGACGUGAUACACACGGCUACAGUACCGUUUCAGAGCUGUUCGAUCUGCGACACAUGGUAAAAGCUACCCCAGACUUGAUGUGAGUGCAGACAAAGUGAAAGAGGGAGUUGGAUAUAUGUAACGUUUUGUUAUUGAUACAAAAUCUCGUAGACCUUCAGCACCAAUCCCAGACCACCCAUGUGUAUUCCCCGCCUGGCUGUUGCAACGAUGCUGAUUGUCCCUCAGCCAUCGUGUGUGUGUGGUGUUGACUUGUGUCCCCCAACAGUCCCCAUGAAGGUGGAUGAAGUGCGGGAUAGCGCGAUGCAGAGUGCAGGAGCGUAUCUGCGUGCGGAGACAGAUAAUAAAGCCUCUUGGAUGGUCUGGGAGGGGUACUGCGCUGUGUUGGCCUCUGCAAAGACGAAAGUAGAGUCCAGAAAGGGCAGUGCGCAUGACGAUGUUUCAGGGAUACGCCUAUCCGGGACGAUGGCUGAUAAUAGGUGUGGGUGGGUAGCAAGGAGCUCGGUCGAGCGUUUCUCGGCCGUAGUCUUGCUUCUGGUGGGGAAUGUGAGUGCUGAAAGUAGACCGCUUCGAAGGAACCUCGUAAUGAACAUCUCGCCGGGGCCUUGUGAUCAGACCGGAUAGUCGAUCAUGCCGACUCUCCUCAAGAGUAGUCCGUAGGCAUCCUCCUGGUCUCAGCCUCGACCUCCGCAGUCAGGGCCUUGACCUCAGCCGUCAGGGCGUCGAACUCA